GAUGAAGGCAGGCCUGGGACCGAGAGGGGCCGCCCAGGGAAGCCGGGCCUUCGUUUCGACCUGUUCUCCCCAAACCAGGGCUGGCAGUCGUGUGGCGCUGAGAUGAUCUGAGGCGGAUCCGAAGGGCGAGGGGCGAGAGCUGAUUUUAAGAUGACCCGAACACACCCUCCUGAUUUCCUGGUAUCGACGGUGUAUCAGGACAUCCGGGUGUCCCCGGUCGCCGCCGCCUCCUCCUCCCGUUCUCCCUCGCGCCAGCCCCCCAGGCCAGGUGACACCUCCAUGUCUUCGCCUCUCGACAACCAACACCCCCAGCAACACUUCAACAAGCGCCACUGUCGCAGCUUUGACUUCCUGGAGUCCUUGGACGACCCGCUGCCCUCCAGCCCUCCCGUCAUCAUGGAGCGGCAUUCCCGACGGCCCCCCACCCCUGAGCCCUCGUCGGUCCCCGGCGGGCGGAAAGCCUCCGUCCGGGCCUCGGCCGUGGAGGAAUACGUGGGCAAGGCCCGCUCCCAUGGCAAGGAUGGGCCGAAGGAGCCGGCCCCCCGGGGGGAGCCAAAGAGGCGGGCGCGUUCCAAGAGCGCCCCUCGGGUCAAGUCCUCCUUCACCCCCCCCGACGAGGCCACGGUGAUGCACGCGGCCCGCAGUGCCAAGGCCUCCCACGGCCACGGAGAGCCCCCGCCUGUCUGGAUCCGACCCCCAGGGACCGCUCACAGCUUGACCGUGCCCAGCAGUCGGCAAGUGUCCAUGUCCCGGACGCCCACCCCCAGCGAUACGUACAGCGGGGACCACCGGGGGCUUCCGCCGUAUCCGGCCGAGCUAUACGACGGAGGCCUUGUCGGGCCGGAAGGCGGCUGCGUCCCUUACUCUGCCUACGUGCCCACCAAGUUCUUCUACUCCGAGGAGCCGGGCAGCUACCCUUUAAAAAGCUCCGGUUACGAGGGGUACGCCCCGCUCUAUCGGGGGCCUGCCCUCCCCCCCCAGCCCUUUUAUGCCGAGGAGCCCCCUCAGAGCCCUUUCCACCCGCUUCCCAGCCGCACCUUCUUCGUGGAGGAUAACCGGACUCCGUAUCCCAUCCAGGAGGCCCCGGUCCGGACCUACUACACCGACGACCCCCGCCUGUAUACCCCGCGGACUGCUCCCGUCAAGGCUGUUUAUGCCGAAGACCCUCGGGCCUUCCCCACUCCGGUGGCAACGUCCAACCCCCGCGUUUUCUACGCCGAGGAUUACGGGAAGUACCACGAGCGGGAAGCCAUGUCUCGGACUUACCCGCAUCCCCGCACGGCUGCCCCCGCCCAGUUCAACGACUGGUACUGCCCCCCUGACCGGGGGGGCCUGCCCUACUCGACGUGGCAGUUCUCCCGCUAUCCCCCCCAGCAGCCUGCCCCGCGGGCGAUGCUGUCCUCCUGGCACGCCAGCUACAGCGUCAGCCCUCCCCGGCUGGGCACAGACACGAGGCAUUACUCCAAGUCGUGGGACAACAUCCUGACCCCCCACCCGCGCCGGGAAGACCCUCUGUUGCGCGGGCGCAGCUACGAGAACCUCUUGGCCCGGGACCCGCAUCGUGCCUUAUCCCCCGAUGACCGGCGGCAGCCCGUGGUGGUCAACCUGUCCAGCUCCCCGAGGCGCUACGCCGCCCUCUCGCUCUCCGAGAGCUCCCUCAUCGAGAAGGUCCACGCCGACGGGGGGCGCCACGGCUGGUUCGUCACGCCGGAGAUCACCAUCACCGACAACGACAUCCGGGCCGGCGGGGUCUGCAAGGGUGAGCGGCGCUCGGCCAGCUGGGACGUGCUGGAUUCGGGCGAAGGGCGAGGUGGGGGCUGCGGGGGCCCCUCCCGCCCCUACGUCCCGGAUCCCGGGGCCAAAGAAAGCCGCCAGCGCAGCCUGGAGCAGCUGGACGAACUCAUUACGGACCUGGUCAUCGACUACAAGCCCCCGUCCAUUUGCUCGGCCAGCGAGGUGAGCAACCUGGCCGACCAGCUCCGCCGGCUGAUCAGCGACAGCGUGGCCUUGCCAGCCAAGAAGCCGGAAGCCUGGAAGCCCUCGCCGGAGUCCCGGCCCACCAAGGAACAGCCGGGGCGCAGCCCCUACCACGCGGAGCUGCGCAAGGACCAGGGCCGGCGUCCUGCCGAGGCCCCAGCGCCCACCGCGCCCUACGAGAAAGGCCCCGAGGACUGCUCGCCGGACCUCAGCGCCGACGAGGACGACGUCAUGAUGUGCUCCAACGCCAAGUGCCGCCGCACGGAGACCAUGUUCAACGCCUGCCUCUACUUCAAGUCCUGCCACAGCUGCUACACCUACUACUGCUCCCGGAACUGCCGCCGCGAGGACUGGGACACGCACAAGGAGAGCUGCAUCUACGGCCGGAUCGGCAGCACCUGCCGCCACGUCCUCCAGUUCUGCCGGGAGAACGGGGAGGUCCACAAGGCCUUCUCCCGCAUCGCCAAGGUGGGCUUCCUCUCCCGGGGCCGGGGGGUGCUCUUCUUGGGGUUCCCCAACUCCGGCUCCGCCGAGAACUUCCUCCAGUUCGGCCUGGAGAGUUUGCUGAUGUCGCCCACCUACCUCUCCUUGCGGGAGCUGGACGGAUACUCGGACAACCUGGGCGAUUACGCCCGGGAGCUCCGGGAGGCCGGCCAGCAAUACGACCCGGACGAGUGCUUCCUCCUGAACGUCACCGUGGCGGUGGGGCAGAACGUCCCCGAGCGGCCGUCCCCCAAGGCGCAGGUGCCCACCGUCCGCAAGUACGCCAAGGUGGCCUUGGCCUCGUCGAGCCCGGAGAAGAAGAUCCUGAAGAAAGAGCGGGACAUGGAGACGCUGAUCCUGACCCCACCGCCUGGCACGGCCGACAUCGACAAGGAAGGCGAGGAAGGGCGCAAAGCCCGCCAGGUGUGCUUCAUCAACAUCCAGCGCGAGCUGCGCAUCCGGGGCGUCUUCCUGCGCCACGAGUUCCCGAAGGUCUACGAGCAGCUGUGUGCCUUCGUGGAGAGCAACCGGCGCUUCACCCCCACCACCAUCUACCCCAUCGACAAGAGGACCGGCAAGCAGUUCAUGUGCAUGAUCAUGGCGGCCUCCGAGCCACGCACGCUCGACUGGGUGGCCAGUCCCAACCUCCUGGACGACAUCAUGUGAUCCCGGCCCCUGCCUUUUUCUGCCCCUCUGGACUGCCCUUUUCUUAGAAAUGUAUUUUAUUAUCAGAGUGCUAAUGGGACUCAAUGAUUUCCUUCCUUCCUUUUGUCCAUCAUCAGCUCCUUCCUUCCUUCCUCUUAUCUUUUCCUUCCUUCCUCCUU